AUGAAAUGAAAUGUUGUGAAUGAAUGGGUUCUUGCCUUUUCUUUUUGUUUCUUUAUAUAUACCCACUAAACCCCAUUUUUCCGUUUCAUGUUUUCACCCCCGUAAGGUAUACUCUCUCUUUUUCUCUGGUUGGUUUUCAUGGCAUCCUUUUUCGAUUGAUUUUCAUCCUCCAAAGUAAUCAAGUUUUUCCUUGAUGAUUUUUCUCGCUUGACGAUUUUCUUUAAAAUUAUGUUUUUAUUAUUAUAUUUUUUCUUCAUCCGAACUAGAGUGUCGAAGCGUUUCCAGGUCCGAUUACUCAUUCUUUCUCUUUUUUUUUUCUUUGUUGAAUUUGAAUAGUCUGGUUUUUCAUUCAUAUUUCCUCUUUUUACUGAAAAUUUUCUGGUAAAGCAAAUGUACGUCGUGUUAUUGUAUGUGUAUACGUUGUGUUUUUUUUGUGAUGUGUAUUUGUAAGUAUAUAAUAUAUUUUACACACACACACACACACACAAAUACUUAGAGACCCACGGAUUCUCAUGCUUGAAUAGUACAGGGAAAAAGCUACACCUUUUUUUAGUUCUUUAGAAAGAAAGAAAAAAAAAACGAAUGCUUGUACGAACUAUCGUUUCUAAGAUUGAAUAGAAGCGAUGAAUGUAAAUGUACAAAUUUUGAUUGCUAAAUCAUGAAUAAUUCGCAAAAUAAGAAGGAAACGGGUUUUACUUAUUUAUUAAUAUAAUAACAGAUUCCCAUUGAGUACUUUAAGCUUUCUAUACUAUUUAAAUAUGAAAAAUAUAUGUACAUUUACAUUUAUUUGAAUAUAAGAAAUAUAUGUUCAUUUACAUUUAUGAAAAGGGCUUCUUUUAAAAUUUCAAUGUUUACAGCUUUUGUGAAGAAAAUUGAAUCAGUUUGAGAAGUCUGAUUUUGUAGUUGGAAGAAAAAGAAAGUAGAUUCAAAUAUUUUUGGUAUAGUAUAGCUACAUAGUUUUGAAGCUAAAUUUUUUGUAGCUUUCAAGAAUAUUCGUUAUUUGUGGACGUAGUGUUUGACUGCAGCAGGGCAACAAUGAAGUUGGCUGAGUAUCAGACAAAUGCCUUAGGUAGACAACCUGAGUUUGGGGCAAUCUUUAUGUCUAACUCUACAACAAGAAAGGAGUGUCUUAGAAGAAAGCUAUUUGGGCUUCCACCUUCAAGCGAAAACUUUGUAAAGCAAAUUAAAGCUGGAAUGAUCUUGUUUCUGUUUGAAUAUGAGAGCAGAUUACUAUAUGGUGUAUUUCAGGCAAUAUCUGAUGGUGGAAUGAAUAUUGUUCCUAAUGCUUUCUCUUCAAUAGGAAAGCGUUAUCCAGCUCAGGUGAAGUUCAAGUCUAUUUGGUUCUGUUAUCCACUACGGGAAAAUGAAUUUUCUAAUGCAAUCAAGGAGAAUUACUUUUCCUCAAAGAAGUUCAGUUUUGGGCUUUCUGAAGUUCAGGUCCGGAGGCUUUUACAGAUUUUCAGUGAAAGAAAGUUUAAAGAUUCUCUUGGUGAUGGGCAUAUAGCCAAGAGUGCAAAAGUGAAAUCUAAUACAGUCAGACAUGAUAACAAUAGCAGGUCUAAUUUUAAGCACAGGAUAGAUGAUGAAUAUGUUUCUGGCAAUAGUAAUGUUGAUAUUGAACAUAGAUCUGCCACCACAACCAAGUCUCCUUUGUUGGAUAAAGUUGAAAGGGAUUCUGAUGAAUUGACUUUUCCAGGAUGGGUAAGGAAGGGUUACUGUCUGGAUGCGGAACUAGGGCCAGCCAUUUCACCUGAGUACUCUAAGUACCACUAUGGAGAUGUUAGAAGACUUUCAGGUGAUUAUGGGCUUUUGAUGAAUGGUAAGUUUCAGAGUGGUUAUAAUAAGGACAAUGGUUUUAACUCAGCAGUCUUAAGUGAGUACCCUGCUUUGCUCAAAUCUAAUCAUCUUAGCUCAGUCUUUUCUCGGAACCCUCUUCUAGUAACAAAUUCUCUAGUUCCAGAUCAAGCAAUGCCACCUUCCACAGUACACCAUCAAAUGGAGUCACAACUACUCUCUAAUCUUUCAUCGAAAGCUUCUUAUGGAGAUGCAGUUGUUAUGAGCACUCACCCUUAUGAUUCUGAUGCUCCUAGGCGUAGUUAUCAAUAUCCAUCAACAAAUUUAGUCAAUUACAGUUCUACAGCAGGAGGUCGUUCUCUCAAUGAGUAUUCUGAGAGUCUCAUUUCUUCCUCAAGGGAACAAUCUUUUUUCUCUUAUCCAGAGUCAAAAGUACUGAGCAAAUGCUUAGAUAAAAUUUCUACUUAUGGAGAGGAUGUUUCUUUCCCAGGUCCUAAUUGCAAUGAGAGUUUGCAUAAUGGGGCUGUCAUGGGUGUGUCACGGGCAGCAUAUUCUGAAAAUGUGGAUGUAAAAAUCUCGAAGCAUCAUUUCUACACUGGCAAUUCCUCAAAGUACCCCAUAACAGAUGUGCCUUCCCUUGAAACUAGUUUUUAUGUGAGGAAAAAUAAGUUAUCUGCUUGUGAUCCACUUGAUCCCACUGUAUAUCCUUCUUUGGUGGGUGAUUAUGGCUAUCAGGUAGAACCAGAAGACCAACUAGAGGAUAAACUGUAUGAGGAUCCAUUGACGUUGCAUGGUUUUUGUUCUUCUCUGGAUCCUCAAAGCUUUCAGCAUUAUGAGCAUGAUUCUUUCAGAUAUGAUCGUGAGCACCAUCAAAGUUAUGAUACACUAGAUUCUGGUCCUCUGAAGAACAGGGUCAGUGCAUUUUCUCGAUUAGCUCUGCCUCGUGAUGCAUAUCUACCACCUAGCAGUGUUGAUGGUGGCUAUAAGGGUAGUCAUACUUCCACAUCAGUGGACGGAAUCAUGGAUAUGUUGCACAAAAAUCACCAUGAAUGGUCUAAGUCCAGGAAACCCAAACAAGAAAAUAGACAAGAUAGUGAAAAGCUUAUUAGCAAAAAAGUAACUACCCUUUCUUGCAAGGACGAGGCAGAAAAUAAAGAUGUGGAUCGCUCUCUAAUUGCUAAGAAGAAAGCAAUGCAAUUGACUCAAGAAAAUUCACUUUUCAAUUUCAAGCGUCGAAGUGAAUUGCGGAAACCUCAUAAUGAUGGAACCACUUCAGAAUGUAAAAAAGCUUCUGCUACUGAGGGUUCCAGGAAUGGGCAACAAAGGAAAAGAAAGCUGGUAAGACCAAACUUCUGUAAGAUUGGCUCUACAGAUGUCGAAGGCAUGAAAAAUUGUACGACUUCAGAAGCUCCAGCCAUUGAAAUCCUUAUCACCAAAGACAACACAGAAGGUUGCAAAGCUUCAACCGGAAACCAGGAUAAUGAAAACAAAAUAUCUCAAAGUGUAAAAGAGCCACUUCUGGUUUGUCAACAAGCUCCGAGUGAUGAAGAUUUUGAGACUGAAAGUAGUAAACCUAGUGUAAAUACUUUUGUAUCUCUUAUAAAUGGGGUUGAACUUGGAAAAGAGACUCUAAACAACACACACAUCCAAAAUGCUACAAUGGCAACUGCAUGUGAAGAUAAGAAUUCUCAUGGGGAUCGGAAACACUUGCGUUGUUCUGAUUCAUAUGAAACCACAGAUGAAUCUGCUGAAAAUGAAUGUGAAAGAAUCAACAAAGUGGAAAAGAAUCCAAAUAGUCAAAGUGCUGGUGAAAGAGGUCCUGCUACUGCUCAUAAUGCUACUUUUAAUCGGAUAAACAGCUCAAGAUAUCAAGUAUCUGAUUGGAAGAUGGAAGCUGAAGUACACUCAGCUACUUGUGUUGAUGCGAGCAACGAAAACGAGCAGCAGGUUCCUAUGGGAUCCAGUACAAAACAAUCUGAGCCAUUAUUUGACAAGCUGCAGUUUUCUAAUGGAGUUUGUCGUAAAAGAAAGUUAAAGGCAUGUUCACCUCAUACUCAUCAUGCUACGUUUAAUAUGAUGAACAGCUCGAUCGAUCCAGCUUCUGAAAUGCAGGUGCAAGAACACUCAGUUACCUGUAUAGAUGCAAGACAGGAAAAUGAGCCCCUGAUUUCAUCAGGGUUGAGUACAAGACCAUCCGAGCAAUCGUUGGAGAUGCCUGAGAUAUCUCUCAGUGUCGUUCAUAGAAAAAUAAAGAGAAAUAGAUCCACUUAAAUGAUUAUGAAGGCAGGACCUAACCAACUACAAUGUUAUUUUUGGAGAGACUACUGACCAGAGUACAUUGUCUUGUGAGUGCCACUGUAAUCUGUAAUCGAGGACAGUAAUUACCGAACAGCAGGUUUUGCAGGCUGUUCUUGACCUUUUCUUUGCAACUUCUGUGAAAACAACUACUAUUUCGAGUAAAGUUUAGUUGUAAAGCUUUGUGCAUUUUGAUGAAAGUGCAUUUUGCAUUUUCCUUUGGUUUAGUUGGCGAAGCUUUUUUGGUUUUGCACUAACUGGAAAUUUAGUGAACUGAUACUGCAUAUUGCCAAGACUUUUUCCUUUUGCUCUUUCUGUUUCUGUUUCUGGUUUUUGCAUUGCUUUGUGUAAAGAGUAGAAUUUACUGCUUGCCAGUUCAAUUUAUUGCUUUCACGUCUCUCUCUUGAUAAUUCAUAAUAUUGCUUUGAAA